GACUCGCCACGCCCCACUGCCAAUCGAUCCAGGCAGGACUCGAACCCUACAGCAGGCAGCCGCGGCUCUACAUGUCGCCGCUUCGAUCCUUCGCCUCUCUCCUCGUCGGGAAGAUCUCCUCCCUCCGGUUUCCCAUGGGUGAGAAGCCGCAUGGCGCCGUUGCACUUGCAGCAGCAGGUGUCUUAUCUGCUUUUUUGGGAGGAGGAGUUUGUUAUUUCAACAAAGAGGACAAACAGGAGCCAGUAGCUCACAAGCUUACUGAUGGGAAGGCCCUGAAGGAGAACUUUGUUUUGACUGACGGGGAGUCCCUGAAUAAGAGCUUUAUUUUGACAGAUGAGGAGGCCCUGAAGGAAGAAGCCAUGAAGAAGAGGUUUGAAAAGGAGCUGUUCAAGCGCGAGGAUCAGCCUAAUGCACGAGGAUCAGCCACCUCUGAGACCAAUGAUUUCAGACCCUGGUACUUUGGUAGUUCGGUUCCUACCAUGGAAGAAUUCGAGAUGCUCAAGCUGAGACGGCGUGAGCUUAGAUCGGACACUAGCUAGCUGACCGGGACUACUCGAACAGCCCUUCUGAAUUAAUAAUUAGGAUUAAUGAAUACCAUCCCUAUCUAAUAUAUCUGCGAUGGUAGUGUGAGUAUUGCAGAAACUUGGUGAAUGGUGAUAUUUUGUGAGUGGGUGUACCACAAGUAUCAACGUGUUAAUCUAGUAGUCGAACUAGUAAGAUGUCUGUAUGAUGCAACGCAAUAUAUUGCAUAUAACUGGGAUGUGUUGAGAAGUUCUAGUUACUCAUCCUUUUUCCA